AUGCUCUUCAACAUUAUCGCGCUCCUCGCUGCAGCGAGCCUCACUCAAGCUGUCGUUCUCCCCGCACGACAGGUCAGUGAUGGCAGCAAAUGUAUCGAUCCGCCGCAGAGGAUUGAGUGGCGCCAGCUCGAACCGGCUCAGCAGAAGAGCUACAUCGAUGCUGUGCUUUGCCUCAAGACGAAGCCUUCGCGUAUCGGUCUCAGGUCACUGUUCGAUGACUUCCCGCACGUCCACUUCCAAGUGGCCAGCAGUAUACACAACCAAGCAACGUUCCUGCCCUGGCACAGGUACUUCACCAAAUGCUACUUCGAUGCGCUCAGCGAGUGCGGAUACAGUGGCCCUGGAACCUAUUGGGAUUGGACUCUGGACCACGAAUCCCUCCUCGCAUCCCCGGUCAUGUCGUCCACCACCGGCUUCGGCGGAAACGGCGACCCCAAUCGCAGCGAGUAUAACGCGCCGACCGACCAGACACUACCGUGCGUUGACAGCGGACCCUUCAAAGACCUGCGCCCAGAGUAUCUUCCCAAUUCGCCCACCGAGAUGACAGAGGGAGGUCACUGUUUCUUCCGCCAAGUGGCCGAGGCCAACGAGCCAGAGGCAUGGAACAUAAUGAAAGACACGCUAACUCCGGAAUACGUUGCCAAUCAGCAGAAGCUUGAGACUUUCGCAAAGUUUGCGCCGGAUCUCGAGGCCAGUCCACAUGGAACUAUCCACGCCAGUUUGGGCGGCGAGAUGAACCCCACGACUUCGCCAAACGAGCCACUUUUCUUCCUUCACCACCCACAAAUCGAUCGUCUGUGGUGGACUUGGCAGCAGCAGAAUCUAGAAAAGCGUGUAGCUGAUUACAGCGGCAUGCAUCGACCUUGGGGAAGCACGAGUUUCGUUCCGGCGUCUAUGAACGAUACAUUGAACAUGCUAGGCGUCGCGGACGACGUGCUAGUCAAGGAUGUUAUGAGCACCACCGGGCCAGUGUUGUGUUACCGGUACUAA